UGUAAGUCACAAUCUGGAAAUUCUUUAUUCCAGUUAUGGACUCUUCAACAGAGUCCUAGCCUCCUUCAUUACUGAAGAGCCUGGAGACACUGCUAGCUUUGGAUGCUUAAGGUCCCUGACAGUUGAAUACGAGGCAUGAGUUGAAAAGAAUAUUUCCUAGUUUCCUAUCCCUUGGCUCAAGGCCUACCAAAUCCCAUAUUUGCCAUUUUCACCCUGGUUUUUAGUCACUACGGUUGAGUCUUAGUCUCAGUUGAGUUCUCGCCUUUCUCUUCAUGUCGCAUAAUCCCGGGCCCCAUCUGGGCAGCCCGCUGGCCCUCAGUGUGUUGGUCCUUCUCCAGAAAAGGUUCCGACUUGCCCCUCCCGGCAGUCAGGGGGCAUCCCAACCUGUCUAAAACGAGGCCAGCAAACAGUUUUCAGAAAGGUGGGGGAUUAUUUAAUUGAAGACGUAAUACAAAAAAAGCCAGGUGACUUCUCAAUAUGCACUAGCACAGAAAGUCUAAACUCUCAGCCGCUAAAGUUCAAGGACUUCAUCUGACUCAUCUUUAGAUCCUUCAGGACAAGCAUGGUGUCUGGGGCAUCGCAGGUGCAUGGUAAGUGAUUUAGAUUGCUUGCUGGGAUGCUAAAGACAGCCUAGAAGGGCAGAAGGGGUUCAAAUUUGGGGGCAAAAUGGUAAUGGGAGGGGUAGAGCAGAUAUUCUAGAUGUCUCCUGAGAGGAGGGUGGUCUUGAGUUGAGCUUCAAAGGCAGUUUGGGAUUUGUAUUUGCCAGGGAAGAGAGGAAGGACAUGGCAGGCAAUAAGAGCUCUGACGUGAACUUGGUUUGCAAGUGGCUAUGAGCCCCGGGGCCGCAUACCUGUGCUCAGAUGUGCUCCCAAUGUGGAAGUGAAUACUUUAUGGUUGGAGAGGAAAACAGCCUGCAGUUAAGCCUUCACUAUGGAUGCCCUGUGCCUCCUCCAGCCACCCACCUGGCUGGUUACUGUUCUCAGCAUCUGGACAACUUCUGAGUCAAACCGAAAUGAUCAGGGCUUUCCCCACAUGCUUGGCAACUGUUGCCUCUGCUUGCUCCUGGGCCAAGCUUGGGGCCAAGCACCACACUUAGAUCCCAGCCUCCACGGUCUCCUGGUCCCAGACUCACAUACGUCCCCUUGUCUGUCACAUGGCAACUGCUCGCUUAAACACCCACCUGAGCUCUACAGCUACAGCCAAAUGAUGUGAUUCAUCCAACCCCUUCCUUGGAUCAUUGGUCUCCUGAUGUCACAUCUUUCGCCCAGCACCCUUCCUGCAUGCUCGGCAGUGAGUGGAGCAUGACAAAGACCGGACAAAGUGGCCAGCAAGGUGGGGGUGGAAGGGACACGUGCCUGGAGCAGUUAUCCUUUGAUUUCCAUUCCUCUCCUGGUGACAUAUUUGCUACAUAUAUAGCCUCAGACCAAACAGGAUCAUGAACUUAUAUCUCCCAAUUUAGAUAGAAUUUGCUAUCACACUCAUACUUUUCCAACAGCUAUGUUAUGACCCUUCUGAGACAUUAGUAUGCUACAUUGGGGUCUUGGGGGAGAAGUCAGGGUGUAGGAAGGCUGAGAGGUUCCUCCCACCCAUGUUCUCCUUCCCACCUGCACCCGGGGCACAGCCCCUACCCCCAGGAGCUCAGGAUCUGGUGGGUGAGGCCGAGAGAUGAUCAAGGGCACUCUUGACACUUUGUUAUUGGGUUUACCUUCAAGGGCAGUACACCUGGUCUCGAUUCCAGAGUCUGGAAGAGGCUUAGGAGAGGUUCCACUUAGGGUCUAAAAAAGAAUAACAUGGUGUCCCCACUUCUGGUUGGCAGAAGCUGCUGUUUUUCUCACUAGAAAAUAAUAAGCAAGUUAAUGGGGGAAAAAUAAUUAUUCAUACCAGAACUGUAAAGUCCUUCCAUAUGGAAUAAUUGAUAUGAAACUGUCCCAAAGUAGGGACAUUCAAGGAUUCCUGAAUUUCUUCAAGGAGCUAGAGAUUCUCCCAGGUAAGCCCUGGAAAUUCACCAAAGGAAAGAAAAUGUGAUAUUUUAACUAUACUGGGGAUCUGAGUCUGCCCGGUUGCAGUUUAUGCAAAUUCUGGGUGAAAGGAGCACAGAGCAGUAGGGAUUCAUUGUUUCCUCUUGUCACUUUUUUCCUAGAUGUUUGGAGGAGAUUGUCAAGAGCUGCUGGCAUGUGGGGAUCAGGAAACCCUCUUGAUUCCCACUCUUCUUUUAAAAAUGGUGAAGAAGCCAUUAACAUCCCCACUGCAGUUCAAAGAUCUGAGCAUCUUGAAUUUCAUCAGUUCCACCCUGUCUUCUUCUUACAGCACCAGCAUAGCGGCACCCCUGGCGGCUCCCCUGGCUGUCCAGCCUGGCCACACACUGAGGUGGACCUGCCUCUCCCAGAGGAUGGCAGCGUGAACAGUGGGAACAGAAUCACCCAGGUUACCCAGGAGAUGGCCAAGGAGGUGUUCCUGAUGGCUCAGAGUCUGAGGAGGAGAGGAUGCAUCUUGACCAAAGAACAGCUCAUUACCUCUGCCAGGAAAAUUGCGACUUCCGGACAAAACUUCGCCAGACUUAUCCGCAUCAUGGCUAAGAACUGUGUAGACCAAAGAUGUUCCCAGGAGCUUCUGUAUAUGGUAGAGCAGAUUCAGACAAUGAGCUGCCAGCUCCGCAUCAUCUCCAGUGUAAAGGCCUCCUUGGCAAGAAGCAAGUCCUCUGAAGAGCUCCUGGUGGAAAAUGCACAGCAGCUCCUCCGUGCUGUCUCUAAGACUGUGAGGGCUGCAGAAGCCGCCAGUCUCCGGGGUUUGAGACAGCCUUCCCCAGAUCCGGAGGAACUGGAAGUUGCUGCCUUCUGUAUGCAGUGGAGAAGAAAAUUGCGAAGGCACAGACUUCAAGAAACCUCAGACCUGGACCGUGAUGAGCUGGGCCUCCGAAAAACAAGCACUAAAGGGCCCCCGACACUCGUGGCCCUAGUUCAAGAAGCGUUAUAAAAGCUGAGCAAUAUUCUCCAAGUCAGACUCUCUGUUGAUGUGUGCACUGGCCCUGAGACUCUGGCAGCCCAUGGAA